UCGUUGAUGGUUAUUUCCUUCCUUUUUGGCGACUUUUGCCAUGGGUACUAAAAGGAAAAAAAUCUUUCCUAACUAACUAUUCAGCGAUGAAUAGACACGAUGGAACGGUUUACGUUUGUGAUAUUGGUGUUAUUUUUGAAGCUGCUCGGACCCAGUGAUGGAGCGAUGACGAUGAAGCAGCUCAAAAAUUCACUAGAAAUGAUGCGAAAGGCUUGUGCGCCAAAAUUCAAAGUGGAUGAUGCAAGCUUGAACGAAUUGACAGCCGGAAAUUUCCGAUCUGAUCCCGACCCCGAACUCAAAUGCUACACGGUGUGCAUAGCCCAAAUGGCAGGAACGUUGACCAAAAAAGGCGAAAUAAGUCUGUCGAAAACAACGGCACAGAUCGACGCCAUGCUUCCGAAUGAAAUGAAAGCGUUUGCGAAAGAAGCCAUGACCGCCUGCAAAGAUGCACAGGCUGGAUACAAGGAAACUUGCGAUAAGAUUUACUACUCGGUAAAAUGCGUUGCAGAGUUCAACAAAGACGCCUUUUUGUUCCCCUAAAACUGAUGAUGACCCGGCUAAUGAUCGAUGACCUUCUCCAAACAUAAAUUUGUGGACAGUUAUGGCUCUUCAAUGUUUUUUCGUCUAGUUUUUCACUUUUUAAUGUAUUGUUUGUAAUUGUUGUUAAACUUAAAUAAAUACCACACACACAACUGCGUAAUCUG